CCACAGAUAGCCCAUUGUGUAGCUUUGUGCUUAACUACAAACAAACAAACUAUCCGUCGAUAUGUAACGUUAUUGGAUGGAUUGAAAAUAUAUUUAAGUACGUUUAUGAUCUAUUUACCAUUUAUAUCAUAACUGGAAAUGUGUAUGGAUUUUUAUCGGAACAUCAAAAGCGGAUACCCGCAGAUCAGUCAAGGAGAAAACAACUGUCCAGAAAAAUCAUGGUAGUAAAGGCAACUAAAAACCUAAUGGAGAAGUGUGCUUCACGCCAGAUGUCCAGACAAGAAGGAGAAGAUCAGAACAGCUUUCUGGCAAGAAUAACUCACCUAUAUCUGCAAGAACAGAAUCUUGAGGACCUAGGAGAGUUGUCUAGGUGCAGGAAACUGAAAAUACUGUAUGCCUAUGACAACAAGAUAACGAAAAUUCCUUUCUGUCAAACCCUGGCCAAUCUCACAGCUCUUUAUCUGCAGAAUAAUAAAAUUUUGAAGAUGGAGAAUCUAGAUCCACUACUGAAUCUCAAAAAACUCCACUUAGGGGGAAACUUUAUAGAGAAAGUGGAAGGCCUUGAAAAUUUAAAAAACCUAGAAGAACUUUAUGUGGAGAAACAAACAUUACCUUCUGGUGAAAGUCUAAAGUUUAAUGACUCCUCUCUCAGGGCAGUUCAGUCAAGUCUAAAGGUUCUGAAUGUAUCAAAAAACCAGUUGACAACUUUAAGCAACCUGAAAGAACUGACAUCUCUCAGUAAGUUACUAGCUAAAAAUAACUGCGUACAGAAAUUGGAAUAUGUACUGCAAACUGUGGAACACUUUAAUGACCUGAGACACCUCGAGUUGGCUGGAAAUCCAGUUAGUAGGUUGCCGUAUUAUCGAACCACAUUGAUAAUGAAUGUCAAAACUCUAAGUAUUCUAGAUGGGAAAGAAAUAACUGAAGAAAGUAAAACAUUCCUGCAGCAGAUGUAUGUCCAGAGAAAAAAAUCUAGUACUUCCUCCUGGACAGGAAAUUUUGAUAUUUUGGAAAAGGAGCAACAUACCCAAGUCAUUCCACAUCACAUUCCUUCUGCAUCUUUUCCUGUAAGGAAAUAUCUCCCCAAGAUUCCAAAAGUGGUUCAUCGUUUAUAA